AUGGAGGGGGCGCCGAGGGCGGUGCCGUCCCGGCGCGGCGGCGUCACGCUGGCGGAGCAGCUCGCCGCGUCCUCCAACCUCCGGGACCUUCUCAAGCUCCGCGACGACGACGGCGAGGGCGACGGCGCGCGGCCCGCCAGGCGCCGCACGCUCCUCGACGUCAUCCGCGGCCCCGAGGACGACGCCGCUCCCCCCUCCUCCACGCGCGCCGCGGAGCCCGCGGUGACCGUGGCGGGAGCGUUGCCGGGGGCGGCGUCGCCCGGGCAGGGGGAGGAGCGGCGGGUGUCGCUGAUGGCGCUGCUGGAGCAGGCGGAGCGGCAGUGGACGACGGCGGCGGCGCGCGCCGGGGCGUGGACGCGCGUGGACCAGGAAGCGGCGGCGGAGGAGGGGGAGGCGGGGAGCGGGAGGGGUGUGGGCGGGCGGUGCUGCGUGUGCAUGGCGCGGCGCAAGGGCGCGGCCUUCGUCCCCUGCGGCCACACCUUCUGCCGCGCCUGCGCCCGCGAGGUCCGCGCCGGCCGCGGCCGCUGCCCGCUCUGCAACGCCGCCAUCCGCGAGGUCCUCAACCUCUUCUGA